AUGGCUUAUGUAUCCAGGACAAAGGUCUCCCUCAAGCUACUCCAGCACCUCGUCAGCAAUAUUGAGACAGUCAACAACAGCAGCAAUAAUAACAACAAUGGCGCAGGCAUGAUUCAGGAUCUAGAAAUGAUCCAGGAACUGGACAAGGCCAUCCAUGAUGGGUUUUUGGUGCGGGAUGGCACAGGGGCCACGCAGUAUGGAUUUAGUCAUGACCGAAUCAAAGAGGCGGCUUUCAUUCUGAUACCAGAGGGAACUGAAAGGGAUGGCUUGCGCCGCAAAUUGGGCAUGUUGCUGUAUUCAGUCAGCCAAGAUCUUGCCCUGGGACAGGAUUGGAUGACGAUCGCUGCCGCAGAUCACAUGAAUGCCGCCACCAAAACGGUCAAGGAUGAGGAGGAAGCCAUUUUCCUCACCAAACUCAAUUUUGAAGCGGGAGAACGGUGUGUCUGGGUAGCAGCGUUUGACAGUGCGUCCAAAUACUUGGAACAGGCCACGGCACACCUACAGAACAAUACGCAACAGGGAGACCCCUGGACAUUCCACUACAGCCUGACGCUCGAGGUGUUCUCGUUGCGAGCUGAUGCGGAACUUGCCAAAGGCAACUGGGAUGUUGGCUUUAAAGUCUCCGAGGAGGUUUUGGACCGUGGCAGGACCAUUGAGGACAAACUGUCGACGCAAUUGUCGUAUUCCAAAGCCCUUGGCCGCCAAAAGAGCCACGAAGAGUCCUUUUUGUCCAGCAGUGGGACCCUACAGGCGAUGGGGCUCUACCCAAAAACACCGAUCGGAAUGAAAGUGGGCUUGGUGCGGGAUUUGAUGUACGUCCGACGCUUUGUCAAGGCCAAAACCGACGAAGAGAUUUUAACGAUGGCUCCGUCGACGGAUGUACAGCUUGGUCUCGCCAUAGAGCUCUUUGGGUGUGCCAUCAGACAGUGCGUGUACACGAACCGUCUUAUGGAUUUGGCUGCCCUGGUUUUUAAAGCUCUGUUCUUGUGUUUCCACCAUGGCCAAUUCCCACAAACUGGUCGCAUGUUCCUGGCGUACGCAUUCAUUUGCGACAAGACGGGAGACUAUGGGGGCGCCCGUAGAUUUGCCGACCUGGCCGUUGCAAUGGCCGCUCAAAGCCCCGAAAGAGGCCUGUAUGGCUGGGUCCUUUAUUGCCGCACAGCCAUCUUUGACACUUGGAGCAAAUCACAGAAAGAAAUCGCAGAGCUGUUGGACGUUGCCUUCAAACGAUGCAUGGCGGGUGGUGACUAUGAAAGUGCCAUCAUCGGCCGCUCCUGCGCUCUGGAAUGUGAUUUUUUGGCCGGGACGUCAUUGGUUUUGCUUGACAUUCGGUGUGCCGAUUUGGUGAAGCACUCGCAAAUGUAUGCCGAGGUGCUUGCGAGGCCGGUUGAAACUAUAUGGCUUCCAGUGCGUCACCUGCGUGGCACAAUCGAUUCUCCGCUUGAUUUUGACGCUCUCGCUGCGUUUGACGAAGGCGACGAAGACAAGGCGUUUCUUACGAUUUGCAUUACCUCCUAUUUGGCUAUUGGUGUGUAUUGGAGCAAUUAUGGUUUUGCAGAAAAAGUGUUGUUGAAAGCAUUUCCGCCUGCCGACAAGUCCUUCACAAGAAAAGUGCCACGAUUAUUCUUUUCGAACAUCGCCUACAAUACGCUUUAUCGCACAAAUGGAAACCGUGCUUAUCGGAAGCGUGGAAAAGAGGCUGCUUCAGAGUUGCGAAAGCUAAGCGAGGAAAGGGGAAUGAACAGCUGGCAUCGAGUCAUCAUUGGGGAUGCACACAUCAAGGGUUGUACGAGGAAGAAAACGCCCGGUGCUAAGGACGUGCUGGCAGAAUAUGACAGGGGCAUCGAUGCAGCGCUCAAGUGCCACCACAAGCAUGACGCUGCUCUGGCGUCGCAAUUGGCAGCCGAGUACUUAACCUGGAAGAUGGAAGGUGGGAGUCUAGAUGAUGCGCAUUCCACGUCAAUCACUAAGUAUUUGAGCGAUGCACGAGGGUGGUACCGCGAAUGGGGGGCGAUCAACCUUGUCCGACACUUGGAAGAGACGUUUUCUGGGUACCUGAGAAGAGACAGAUGA